CUGACUUGCACUGUGAAUAUAAACCGUUAGGGGGCGCAACUGCACUGCCCAUGAGUGACACAGCGCGGGAUUCAACAUGUCGGACGGAGGCGAGUGGUGCCUGAUCGAGAGUGACCCUGGCGUGUUUACCGAGCUCAUUAAGGGGUUUGGUGUGAAGGGACUUCAGGUGGAGGAGAUUUGGAGUUUGGAUCCUGAGAACUUCGACAAACUCAAGCCAGUCCAUGGGUUGAUUUUCCUGUUUAAGUGGCAGCAGGAGGAGGAACCAAGUGGUUCAGUUGUCCAGGACUCCAGACUCGACCACAUCUUCUUCGCCAAACAGGUGAUCAACAAUGCCUGUGCGACACAAGCCAUCCUGAGUGUUCUGUUGAACUGCAGACAUCCUGACAUUGAGCUGGGAGAGACACUCGCAAACUUUAAGGAGUUUGUUCAACACUUUGAUGCAACUAUGAAGGGUCUGAGUCUGAGUAACUCUGAUGUCAUCAGGAAUGUACACAACAGCUUUGCAAGACAGCAGAUGUUUGAGUUUGAUGUGAAGUCUGCAGGUAAAGACGAUGAUGUGUAUCACUUUGUCGGCUACAUCCCUAUCGACGGGCGGCUCUACGAACUAGACGGCCUCAAGGACGGGCCAAUAGAUUUAGGUGCAUGUGAUGCCCAUGACUGGCUGAACACUGCCAGGCCUGUCAUUGAGAAAAGGAUCCAAAAAUACCAGCACGGAGAGAUCCACUUUAACCUGAUGGCGGUGGUGUCAGACAGGAAGAUGACGUACGAGAGACAACUGGCCGACCUCCAGGCACAACUGGCCGCCAUACAGGACGGCAGUGCCAUGGAGACUGACCAGUCCGACACCAUCCAAACAGAGAUCGGCAAGCUGCACAUGCUCAUUGGAGAGGAGGAGCAGAAGAUGAGAAGAUACAAAACAGAAAACCUGCGAAGGAAGCACAACUACCUCCCGAUGAUCAUGGAGCUGCUGAAGAUCCUGGCACAGGAGGGGAAACUGGUGUCUCUGGUGGAGAAGGCAAAAGACAAGACGGCAGAGCUCCAGUCUAAGAAGGAUGCAAAGAAAACUCAAGAGGAAAAAUCCUAAUCCACUGUUUCUACAUUUCUGUAUAUUCUAACUGGGGCUAUAACGUUAAGCUGUAAUAUCAUCUGUGCAGAAGUUUGGACAAGUCAUAUAAAAACCUGGCCUGCACAUGCAACUUAGCUUUUGUUUUACUCAAGUUUAUAUUAUUAUUAUCACCUUUGGGAUUGUACCAAAGGAUUUGAGAGAUUUAAGAAAACUUUGUAAGCAGUGUGCUUUUGGAAGUGAUGAACUAUAGAGCAGAAUGAGCCAUAUAAAAUCAACUCCAUGUUCAAAGUUACCUUGCAAUAAUGUAUGAACUCUUCCACUCAGUGAGCUCUCAAAGUAAAAGCCUCUGUUAAAGAUGCCACCCUGGCCAGUUUGUAUUGCUUUUUCUUGAACUAUAUAAUCUCCCAGAAUGAUGAUAUUCAAAGAAAAUGUUGUAUACAUGUAGGUGUUGCAAAGGUAGUUACUAGCUCAAUGCAUUUUUCUGUUAGCCUGGUUACCAAACCUAUUAUAGCUCCCAAGUCCUACAGUCUCUCCGCUAUUUGCGGGAGCUAUAAUAGGUUUGGUAACCAGGCUAUUUUUCUGUGUGUACGUCUGAUAUAUUCAUAACUGUUUUUUUUGGCAAGGUAAUGUUGCUACAUUGACAAGUACACAAUAUUUUAUAUUGUACCUUUCUGGUACCAUUCUGCAUACAUGGGUUCCAUGAAUACCUUCUAUGGUAGUUAGAGUUGCUGUAUGCUUUACUCCUUGCAAUUUAUGCAGUAGGCCUUGCUGUAUAAGAAUGGCAACAGUAAUUGAGAUACACACACUGUGUCACACUACGCUUUAAGUUUGCUGGCGUGUACAUGGUUCUACUUUUUACUGAAAGACUGAAAUUUUGGCACAUAUCAGAAUAUGAUUAACUUGAAGGUGAAAUGGUUCAGGCUUGUUUAGCCUGUGUGGGAUAUAUGGAAUUCAUUGUACUUCUGCCUUGAAUUGAAAAAAGCUUAGCUCUUUUAUUGUAGGAAUCUUUGAAAAGUUGGUUUCAUUUGGGGGGGGGGGGGAUUUACUUAACAAUGAGAGCAAAAGAUUGUCAUGUUCAUUUCUAGUAUUACUUACAUCUGAUUUUCUUCCUACCAUCUUGCAAAUAAGAUAAUGCCUGAAAUAAAGAUUAUAAUAACACAUUU